UCUCCGGAUCCAUCCCGGGGGAGGCUGGGCGGGCUGCUGCUCCGGUCCAGGGGUGGAGGUCGGGGCUCCGACCCGGCGCAGCCAGGCGGAAGCGCCGCUGCCAUUGGCCGGGAGGCGGCUUUUACCUGCGCGGGACCCGGGGAGCAAAGUCCGAGGCUCUGGGAAGGAGGAGGCGGCGGCCGGCAGCGCAGGUGGGCCGGCGUCCUCGCCCGGCAAGAUGCCCCUGAGGCUGCGGGGGAAGAAGAAGGCCAAGUCCAAGGAGAUCGGGCGGGUGGAGGGCGAGCCAACGGGCGCGGGCGGCGGGAGCGUUUCAGCGUCCCCGACUCCCGCACACAAGCUGGUCUUCCACGCGCAGCUGGCGCACGGCAGCGCCACGGGCCGAGUGGAGGGCUUCUCCAGCAUCCAGGAGCUCUACGCCAAGAUCGCGGACGCGUUCGAGAUCUCCCCGUCGGAGAUCUUAUAUUGCACUUUAAACACACAUAGAGUCGACAUGGGAAGACUCUUAGGAGAACAAUUAGGAUUACAAGAUUUCAUAUUUGCCCAUGUGAAAGGAAUCAAAAAAGAAGUGAAUGUGUAUAAAUCUGAGGAUUCGCUUGGUCUCACCAUUACAGAUAAUGGUGUUGGCUAUGCUUUUAUAAAGGGAAUUAAAGAUGGUGGUAUUAUUGACUCAGUUAAAACAAUCUGUGUUGGGGAUCAUAUUGAAUCCAUAAAUGGAGAAAAUAUUGUUGGGUGGCGUCACUAUGAUGUUGCUAAGAAGUUAAAGGAAUUAAAAAAAGAAGAACUCUUUACCAUGACGUUAAUAGAACCUAAGAAGGCAUUUGAAAUAGAGCCGAGGUCAAAGGCUGAAAAGUCAUCAGAAGAAAUAAUUGGUCGUGGAAGGGGAACACUUCGCCUGAGAUCAAAAGGUCCUGCUACCUUGGAGGAAGUGUCUUCUGAAACCAAAGCAAAGGCAAUUGAAAAGAUUGAUGAUGUUCUUGAAUUGUACAUGGGAAUUCGAGAUAUUGAUUUAGCCACCACAAUGUUUGAAGCUGGACAGGACAAAGUUAAUCCAGAUGAAUUUGCUGUGGCACUUGAUGAAACUCUUGGAGACUUUGCGUUCCCAGACGAAUUUGUCUUUGAUGUUUGGGGAGUCAUUGGUGAUGCCAAACGAAGAGGGUUAUGAUGUGGACGCUCAUCUCUGAAGAAACAAACCAUUGUUCCUUUUUUUUUCUGUUUUUAAAAGUUCCAUAAGAUCUGUUUUUGGACACCUUUAUACAAACUCUGGUUUAGUUUCAUGUGUAUGGAAUAUCUUCUUUGAAAUAUAGUUUUGGCAAUUUUGAUUUCUGGGCACUUUUAAAUGUUGCUUAUGUAGUAUGCCUAAGAGAAAUGACCUAAAUAAGGAUCAAUUGUAAUAUUCAUUCAAAAGGUUUUUAAAAGUAAGUUUUAAGGAGUAUUUCUAAGUAGAUGAUUUUCUUCUCCAUCAAUGCCCAUGCUUUGUUUUUUUUAUUUUUUUAGUCGUUUUUAUUAGUUUGGUUUUUUUUUUUUUUUUUUACAAAAUUUUAAUGUAAACUAGGAUUGGAGUAUGGUUUACUUCAUAGCAUCUUCAUUUUAUUAUCCUGCUUUGAACAGGAUGUGUUCGGGAAAUGCACCGUGAAUUCUGCCCCUUACUGGUCUAGAAGCUUUUUUUUUUUGAUCCUGUGAGUAAGGGAAGGAAGAUUCCUGCGGUACGCUGAUUUCUACAGCCCACUUUCUCUCUUUGUAAAACAAGGAUUUACUGAUUUUCUUGUAUGCUUCUUUAUACAUGCUCUUAAAACUUGUGGUUGAAAUCUGCGCUGUAUGUCUCUGCAUGUGUAAAAGAAGGCUAAAAAAGAGGUGGGGAGGGUAGAACUACUUGCAUUUGAUUUUUUUUUUCAGUACUUAAAACAUUAUUUCUUUUUUUCACUCCUAACUACUUUUAUGUUAAAGCACUCUAGGGAAGGUUUUACAUUCUUUGCAGAGUUUUUCUGAAAUAUAGUUACUCAAAAUAACUAUGUUUGAGAACUUUUUUUUUUUUUGGUUAAACAGCAGACCCUUUUAGUUUCCUAAACUUUAGAAGAGAUGCUAUCAGAAAUAGAUUUCCUUCCAGUGGAAACAAAGGAGGAAGGGAGAAUUGAGAAAUCUAUUAGUCUGUUAUUUUAGAGUUUUAACACACUCCUCUAAACCUUACAUUAUAGAGAAAAUUGAGGGCAAAUGAUUGUCUUACCACUCUUAUUUGACAUUUUAUAGGUGUAGGAGAAAUGGAAAUGAAUGCUUUCAACAAAGAUCACUUAAUACAGCAGAGCAUGGUGUGACCAAGCAUCUUUGUAAAGUGUUAGAUGGCAACUGCUGUGUGCUGCCACGGUAAUUAGAAAUAAUAACCUGUUAGUGAUGUGUUCUAGGAAAUCAGAAGUAGUUCUCUUUUCAUGCUGGGUUAUUGCUUAGAUAACUCUUGCUUUUUGGUAAAACUUUAGUUUUACUGCCAUCCACUCCUUUUUCAAAUGAGUUUAAUGCCAUGAAGCUGAAGCUGAUAUUCUUUGAUUAAUUUGAAAUCUGCACAGAAGCCGUUUUAGUCAUUAAUGUGUAACAAAAGUAGCUUAUAGAAUAUGGAUUGUCUUAUGGCUCUUGCUCAUCAUUUGAAAAUAAAAUUCAGCUCAAGUUGUAA